AUGGGUUUCCUUAAGUCGUACUUCGCUCCCGGCCGUGCCAAGGCAGAGGAAAAUCAGGAAAAUAAACCAGCAACAGAACUCAACGAGACUGGCCCGAACAGUCCAAAAUCUAAUGUUCCCUCUUCGAUCCCAGGCGCUGUUCUUGACGCAGACGUGACAAUACCGAGACGACCGUAUUUAUCACGAUCAGAAUCUGUCUCCACGCAUUCCAUAUUUCCUACAGGAGAUUUUAGGAAUGAUAAAGAAAGCAUGCUCCAUGUCAAAGCAGACGUUGUGUGCAGUUGGUUAUAUCAACAGCAACUAGAAAGACAAUAUGCAACUGGCAUGCUUCCCGGCGAGGGUGUUGUGCUUAAAAAGGGCAAAAAUAACUACACGUGUUGCCCGCCACAACUUCGCGAUAUACCAUACGGUCUGUAUGAUAUGUCGAUGGAACUGAACGUCCGGUGCGCGAUGACCAUUAACACCAGAGUUAUUAACGUUAUUCUGGCCUCGAAAAGGAAGACGUACGAUUAUAUUCCACUUUCUGAUGGCCUUCGCUUGCAAGUAUUACCCAGUAUGCGCGAGCUUCCUGGAUGCCAGAAACAUCACUUUGCUGCAUUCAUCCAGGACAUCCAGAUCUUAGUUGUCUGGGACGAUGAGCCAAAGAAAGUUCUUGCAAGGGCCGAUGCCCUAGAGGCACAGCUGAUGAAAAUGAUCUGGGGCCACGGGGAAGAAGAGGAUGAGCAAGAAGAGGAGAGGGAUGAGAAAGUUGAAAAGAAUCAAGGCGUCGACGUCGAAGUUACAGGAAUGGAUUUGGAGGCAGCUGCACCCGAACCAGAACAAAGGAAGACCAAACUCAGCAGUCCAUGCAUCGUAGGCGUAACGUUGGCCCUUUGCAUUUGCUGUAUGGGUCUCGGCCUUAGGUCUCUAGCUUACGAAGUCGAAACGGAUGGUUCGUAUGUUCGAUUAGCACUCAUCGCUGUUAUCCCGGUCGAGAUGUGGGUGGCCAUGUUCUUCUUCCAAUCCCUGAUUACCAAUCUUUUCCAAACAUUCGGUCCUAUAUCUGCCGUCGACAAAAACUCGAGAUUCUAUUCUGGAAAACCCCCAAGACGACUCAACCGAGAGAUCCAAUCUUUACCUCAUGUCACCAUACAGAUGCCUGUUUACAAGGAGGGCUUAAGGGGUGUCAUCAUACCAACCAUCCAGUCGCUCAAGCAGUGCAUAUCGACGUAUGAGAUGCAAGGCGGUUCAGCUAACAUUUUUGUGAAUGAUGAUGGAAUGCAGCUGAUCCCGGAGGAUGAAGCCCAGACCCGACGCGAAUUCUACGACGAGCACAACAUAGGUUGGGUUUCUCGGCCGAAGCAUAAUCCAAAGCCAGAAGAUGACAGCCGACCCUUUCUCCGGCGUGGAAAGUUCAAGAAGGCAUCUAAUAUGAAUUAUGCCAUGAUGGUGAGCAACCGUGUCGAGGAUAAGCUGGUUCAAGUUCCUAGAACUCCGCAUUGGUCUCAAGCAGAGGAGCAGGUUGCGUACGAGCAGUGCCUUGCCGAAGUCCUACAAGAGGACGAAGGUCGCACCUGGGCCGAGGGCAACAUCCGUAUCGGUGAUUAUAUCCUCAUCAUCGACUCAGAUACUCGGGUACCACAAGAUUGCCUGCUAGAUGCCGUCAGUGAAAUGGAACAGUCUCCGCAGGUGGCCAUCUUGCAAUUCAGCUCCGGCGUCAUGCGGGUAACGACGUCUUUCUUCGAGGGAGGUGUUACUUGGUUUACUAACCUCAUUUACUCGGCCAUCACCUUUGUGGUAGCGAAUGGCGAUGCAUGUCCUUUUGUUGGCCACAACGCCAUACUACGAUGGUCUGCUAUUCAAGAUGCCGCUUCAUAUCAGGACGAGGACGGCUAUGAGAAAUUCUGGUCUGAAUCGCAUGUGUCGGAGGAUUUCGAUAUGGCUCUUCGACUCCAGUGUGCUGGCUAUGACCUCAGAUUCGCGUCUUAUACCGGGGAAGGCUUCCAGGAGGGCGUCUCUCUAACGGUGUACGACGAGUUAGCGCGAUGGGAAAAAUACGCAUACGGUUGCAACGAGUUGAUGUUUCAUCCCCUCAGGUACUGGCUCACCCGCGGUCCCAUCACGCCUCUCUUUAGAACAUUCUUGUCCUCGAAUAUCCACCUACCCAAGAAGCUCACCAUCUGCACCUAUAUCGGCACGUACUACGCCAUCGGCGCUUGCUGGAUCUUGACCCUCAUGAACUACUUUUUAUCCGGCUGGUUUUUUGGACUAUAUGACAAGUUCUACAUAGAUUCGUUUGCCAUCUACGUCUCGGUCAUCGUCGUCUUCACGGGGUUUGGCAACUUCGCCCUAGCUAUCCUGCGGUAUCGGCUUAACCAGCAAGGGCUCAUCGCAGCUUUCUGGAGCAAUAUCAAAUGGGUCCCGUUGAUGACUAUCUUCCUAGGCGGCCUGUCUCUGCAUGUAUCGCAGGCCCUCCUUAGUCACUUCUUCAGCAUCGACAUGACCUGGGGUGCGACGUCUAAGGAGUACGAGGAGGUUAACUUCCUCGAGGAGGUGCCGCGCCUGCUCCGCCGAUUCAAGGGCACCUUUCUCUGGUGCGUUGCGAUGACGGCUCUGAUCGUAUGCGGCGCUUUCGCGUUCCCCAUCGAGUGGAGAAUCAGGCACUUAGCGUCCAUAUGGCCGCUCGCCUGGAUCGUGGGGUGCCACUUCUUACUACCGGUUGCGUUGAACCCUGCGCUCAUGGUGUUCGCCUGGUGA